AUGAAGGAAUUUGAAAAGCGUAUCGUGGUAACUGUUGACGCUUUGGCCAAAGAUUUUGAUAUUGAGCGAGUAAAUAUUGCCAUCAACUAUAAUAUGACAGAAAAGCAUCGAUUGUUAUCUUUUCAGAAUGACAAAGAUAAUGAGAUCCUCAAGGAUGUUCAAAGCAAAUUUGAAAUCGACAAACUGUUUCUGGGAGACAUCUCAAGACGUAUCUAUGAUAUCCUAAAUCAGCCUUGUAUGAAUAAAGUGAUAGAGAAGGCAACAAAGGGGCAGCUAUGA